CUGAGAGCAACUCAGCCUGCCUCCUAAUGAACGAUCUCCCCAUCUGGGUUUUGCAAGAUGAACUUUCGUCUUGGAGACCUAUAAAUUGAAUUGUGAUAUCUAUGACCCUCUCUGCUGCUGCUGCUGACAACUCUAAUAAUGACAACUGGCCAAAUCACCAUAACAGGGCUGCCCGGAAGCGAAGUCGCAAUAGGGAAUAAUGCGCUACUUCCCAGCCGAGAUCACGAGCCCAGCUAUGAAUACUCAGCCUUAUCGUACCCAGAUUCCAUUCGAGUUUUCGUGCUCGAACCAUCGGCAGAUGAAGAAGGCCAUCUCGAAGGCAAAAUAAUCGAACAUCGACUCUCCGACAGCUGCGCGGAGCUUGGCUAUAAUGCGCUGUCUUAUGUCUGGGGCAAAGAAAAGGAUACGCACUGGAUACACGUCGAAGGCUGUCAGCUGCGCAUAGGAAAGAAUCUGGAUUCAGCUCUUCGACAGCUCCGUCGGAAAGAUCGCCCAAUUAGACUAUGGGUCGACGCGGUAUGCAUCGACCAGAAGACUGUCAAUGAACGGAAUCACCAAGUGCAGCAGAUGAGAGCUAUCUUCUUCUCUGCUCUGGAGACCAUCAUCUACCUUGGAGACUUGAUGGGCGGAAACACCGAAAAGUCGGCAUGGAAUUUCCUCGAGAGGCGUGCCACAUGGGCUAUGAAUCAAAAUCGGGAUGCAGAUCUGGCUCUUCCAGCCGAGAGGGAAAAAAUGAUAGACUUCCGAGGAGAGAUCUCUGAUGUUGAAAUCGAGGUCCUUGAGCGGCCUUGGUUUAGAAGACUAUGGGUGUUUCAGGAAGUUGUGGUCUCGAAGGUCUUAUCGAUCCAAUGCGGAGGUCGGAGAAUUUCAUGGGAUGAUUUCUGUAAAACCCUCCUUCUUUCGCCCAGGUGUGACGAUCGAUAUGGCUUCAGUUUUGAGCUUUCCAAGAAGACUGAGAUAGUACGGGAUAUGUUCCAGAUCCGGUGCUUAUAUCAAGAGCUGCAUGUUAGGGGCCAUCUUCUACCCCCCUGGCGCUCACAGGUACAAGCACAUCAGCAGAACUCACUCCACGUCCUGAAUGUGCUCCAAACGGCCAGGACACUUGAGGCGUCGGACCCAAGAGACAAGAUCUUCGGCCUCCUUGGUAUUUGCAGUGGAAUCGAUUUGAAUGAUCAACGAUUCGCUAUCGAUUAUAACCAGGAUCGCGAGACUCUUUACACAAGGUUUACAAGAAAUAUUAUCAGUGCCACGAAAAGUUACAAUGUGCUCAGUUAUAUCGAUCAUGACCUGGUCAAGUAUGACGAAUACGUUGGUCGUGAGGUGAAUGUCCACAGUCUUCCUUCAUGGGUACCAGACUGGGAUCUAAGUAGAUGGACUCGACACAAUCAGCCUACUGUGUUGAGUACUUUGAAACCAGAAGAAGACCUAGAAAAGGUCAAAAGUCAUUCGCCAUCCAACGACAUUUGUGAGUGGGAUGACUCUGGCCAGAUCCUUAUAACUCCAGGGUCCGUGAUUGGACGGGUAGACAUUCUAACGGAUGAAAUUCAAAUAAGGAGUGAUGCCGAACUGGAGUUUCCGCAACUACGGGAUUCGGAAAUUCCAGACGAAUUGAAACCGCACCGAGUUAUGACGCUUUGGACCAACUAUGUUGAUCCUGAAGAUGUCUUCCACAGAUUCUUGGAUGCGAAGAAAUACUCCGAGAAGGGGACAGUUGAGCAUCAUCUUCUGGCGGGUGCUCGCAAGAUGGUUUCCUGGAGGAACAAUAACAAUACAGACUCACUGUCGUUUGCGGCUAUCGACAAUGAAUCCAUUGUAGACGGCAGGCGCAUUGCCGUGUACCAGCCUGCCGGAAUACAUAGUGCAAAGGGACUCGCAAUAGUCCCGCGAAAUACUAAUCCGGAAGACUUGCUGGUAGAUCUGCGAGGCGGGCGUGUACCGUUCACUAUACGUAUAUCCGCCGAAAGCUAUGACGCCGACGGCGAUUACUUGAGCGAUGCGUCCGAUGAUCCUGUACACUGUCGCUUGAUCGGAGAGUCAGUAGUCAAUCGUAUGGCUGAAGACGCAACAUCACCCCAAGAGAAGGUUUUCAUGAUUCACUAAGCAGUCGAAGUGCUGCAGGAAGAACAGGAAUGGUAAGCUUGAUGUUGUGGAAGAGGGGAGAGAAUUAACAUGGCGUCCACGGGCGAGGUGCGGAAGACAUUAGCACUGCAUCAUCGCACCUUCCCGGACAUAUAUGGAAAGACUGUAGGUGCCUGCCUCCUAUGUAUGCCCUUGCGUAGGUAGGUAAACGCUUACAUAGAAUAGAGUCUCUAGCGAAAGCAUGUACACGAACAUCUUCACACUUCAAGACGCGAAAUUGACA